AUGGAUAAAAGAAUUUUUAUAAGACUAUUAAAAUUAAUUUUAAGUACAGUUUUAGUUUCAUCUUCACAAUUACCAAAUAAUUUAAGAAUUACCUCUAAAAUAUCUGGUAUAACAAAUAAAACACCAUGUUGUUUAGAUAGAAUUACUACAAUUUCAUGUCAACGUUUAUAUAUGACAAAUCCAAGGUAUUUUAUAUAUGAAUGUAGUAAUAAUGCUGAUUUUGCUUUUGUACAAUGUUGUAAAACUUGUUUUGAUCAUAAAUCAUCUAAUGGACCAAGAUUAAAUUAUACGGAUAUUUCUUAUGAAUUAUUAACUAAUACAGAAACUGCUAUAUGUUAUGAUAAAAGAGGUGAAGAAUGGUGUGAAAAUUUUGUUAAAAGAAAUAAUUUUUGGAAAUAUAUACCAUAUAAAAAUCUUAAUUGUUCUAAUCAACCAUAUGCUUUUAGAUGUUGUCGUGCAUCAUGUGGUUAUUGUAGUAUAAAAGAAAAAAAAGCUUUAGUUAAUUAUAAUUAUGAAAAAGCAAUGGAUUCAAGAUUAUGUGGAGAUUUAAAAAUAUCUUUUGUAAGAGAUAUUAAAAAAUUUCAAAAUAAUGAAAAAAAAUAUGGUUCAGAAAGUAUAAUGAUACGUAAAUUAAUGAAUAAAAGAAUGAAAAAAAAUUUAAAAGAUGAUAAAUGUAAUGAAAUAAGAGGAAGUGUUUUUGGUGGUAAAUUACAAAAUUAUUCAAAUAUAAAAAUUAAUAAAUUAUUAAGAGAUCAAGUAUAUGAAAAAGAAGUUAAACGAAGGAUAGACUAUAUCUUGUCAAGAGGCCCAUUAUUCUAUCCUUAA